AACCCCUUCAUUGCAAACACAGAUUCUCUCGCUUUCCUGCUUCUCCUAAUUACCUUCAUUCUACAAACUCUCCGGCCGUGUUUGAUCCGAUCGGGUCCUCAAUGGCGACGGAGGAUGAUCCGAGUGCGUUGCUGGUCGACGAGGUGUACGAGUUCUCUGCCCCGAGAUUCUACGAUUUCGUUCACGGAGAGUCAGAGGAAGAUGCGCGCAAGGCUGAGCUCUGGUUCGAGACGGCGCUCAGCUAUGGCCCUUCUCCUUUUAUGCAAAGGAUUAAGAGUGGAAGAUCAGUGAAGCUUGACAGUAUCUGUGAUUUCAGUGAAGCCGAGGAUAUGCAGAAGGCUCAAGAUUCAACAAAGUCAGCUACUGCAUCAUCAUAUACUACUGCAAAUGAAACAUUGGUUGCAAAGGAACAAACAAGUGACCUGUGUGAAACCAGGCCUCCAACGGAGCCCAUCGAGCCCAAACCUGUUCUGCUUCAGGAAGAAGUGACUCCUGACGGGGAAGCCAAUUUGGGGUCUGGUGACAAGCAGUCAGCUGUUCAUGGUUCUGUUUCUGCUGUAAUAUCACUAAGUUCUCAAGGAUCCUGUAAGAAGCUGUCCUCACUCCAAGGAGCAUGCACCCCUCAGCCACCUAAAAUAACUUCUCAAAAAACAGCCCAACAAACUGAUGUUAAGAAGCACCAGACAGCUAAAAAAAUAGCAAGUAUGAUCAGGAACCCCUCUGCAUUGAAGUCAAAAACCCAAUCACAAGUGAAAAGCAUUAAUCCAGCUUGUGCAAAAAGGAACACAAAUAUGAAAAUUGCAUCUGAAACUCCAAAUUUUGCUCAAGAAAAUCAAGCUAUAAAGAGGCAAAAACUUGAAGAGGGGAAAGCUAGACAGAUCCUUAGCAUCAAACCCCAAACUUUGCUCCAUAAAACAAGACCUGGGAAAUCUACCAGCAACUUGUACACUUCAACUGCUAAAACACGUAUAGAAGACAGAAAGAUUUAUGUUCGAGAACCAGCAGCCCCAUUUAUUUCAAUGGCAGAAAUGAUGAAGAAGUUCGAAUCUAGUACAAGGGAGAUGUCAAUGCCACGCAUGAAUUGUUCCAUGUCACAUGAUGGUAUGGCUGGAUCAGUGCAGAGGAAGCCUAAGCUUACACUGACAAGGCCUAAGGAACCUGAACUUGAAACAGCUCAACGUUACCGUCCAGUAAAACUUAAGAGCUCAGCCGAGUUGGAAGAAGAAAUGAUGGCAAAAAUUCCCAAGUUUAAGGCUCGCCCUCUAAAUAAGAAGAUUUUUGAAGCCCCAGGUGUACCGCCACUGCCGAAGAGUACACCCCAACCUCCUGAGUUUAAGGAGUUUCACUUGGAAACUAUGGCAAGGGCCAACCAAAAUGCAGAAACAUCUACUGUGGCUUCAGUAGAAUCCAAUCAGUGUCAUCCAUGGAGGCCACAUCUUACAGCACCCAAAUCACCCACUCUCCAAACCUUGCUGCGUGCACGCCCUCCUAAGAUCAAAAGUUCUGAAGAACUUGAAAAGGAAGAACUUGAAAAACUUCCCAAGUUCAAAGCCAGGCCUUUGAAUAAGAAGAUAUUUGAAAGUAAAGGAGAUGUGGGAAUAUUUUGCAACACAAAAAAGCAGGUGACUGUGCCACAAGAGUUUCACUUUGCUACAGAUGAAAGGAUCCCACCACCACCAACAAAUGUUGCUGACAUAUUUGACAAGCUUUCACUGAAUUCAGAACCUCAAAAUGACAAAUAUGUUCCUAGAAAUACCGCACCAAAUCCUUUCCAUCUCCAUACAGAGGAGAGAGGAGCGGAGAAAGAAAGAAGAUUGUUUAUGGAACUUCUGAAUAAACAGAUUGAGGAAGAAAGGGCCAGACUUCCUAAAGCAACUCCAUAUCCCUAUACCACUGACUAUCCUGUGGUUCCACCAAAACCAGAGCCCAAACAGUGCACAAAACCCGAACCUUUUCAACUGGAAAGUCUGAUGAGGCAUGAACAGGAAAUACAAAAGGAAAUGGAAGAAAGGCAAAGAUUAGAGAAGGAAGAGGCUAUGAUGAGAGUAUUCAAGGCACAACCAGUCCUGAAAGACUGUGAUUGCAGGGACCCAAUUCCAGUUCCUGAGAAAGCACGUAAGCCCCUCACUGAAGUUCAGGAGUUCAACCUCCACGCGGAACAUCGUGCUGUAGAUAGAGCAAAAUUUUAUGAGAAGAUCAAGGAGAAAGAGAUGAUGUAUAAGAGGUACAGAGAAGAGGCAGAAGCUGAAAAGAUGAUGGAGGAAGAAAAAGCUCUGAAACAACUGAGGAGGACAUUGGUGCCGCAUGCAAGACCAGUCCCAAAAUUUGAUCAGCCAUUCUUACCUCAGAAGUCUUCGAAACAAGCGACAAGAGCCAAAUCCCCAAGGCUGCAGCUUAUUAAAAGAAAAGAGAGGCGAAAGUUGUUGUGUCCAUUCGCAGCCCCAGCAUCAGCAACUUCGAGCUCGGCCUCUCAGAUGAGGUGAUGAUGAUGUGUGCAGCGAGAGAUAUAUUUUUUUAAUUUGUUCAAGGAUCCUUGAACCCACCCGGGGAAGGGAGGGACGUUAUGUAACUUACUGUGUCCAGAACGUGCAGUUUUAAAUUGUGUGAUAGUCUUAUAUACCUUUAUGUAAAAUGGGUUUAAGCUUCUUUUUUGUACUCUAUAUAAUUGUAAUAGUUCAAUAUUUCUUAAAAAAUAUAAUGGACUUGAUCUCGAAA